CAUCGCGUUUACUUCAUUGCAAAAUAAAUAAAUAAAUUCAGAUUUUAAGAUAAGCUUCUUUUUUAACACGUUGGGUAGUGAUGGGUUAGGUCUUAGGCGAAGAGCAGUCGCGUAUUCCUUUUAUUUAGCUCUUAUAAAAUCAAUAAGACUUAAAAGACACCUAAUUAAUAUCGGAAAAAAUGGAAAAAACAGAGGGUGAAAUUAUUCGAGCAAAAUUGGACUCAGACCAAUCCCAAAGUCAAAUAUCUCAUUUGGCUCUCGACAUCGGAGGUUCCUUAAUAAAGUUGGUGUAUUUUUCGAAAAAUAACGGUAGUUCGGAUGAUGAUGACGGUAAUAAUAAGCAUCUUGUGCUUCAAGGAAGGCUUCAUUUUGCGAAAUUCGAAACCUGCAAAAUUAAUGAUUGCAUAGAGUUUAUACGAUCCAAGAAACUUCACCUUGGCGGUGUCCGGCUUCAUGAUGCUCCUGCCAGUGACAAGAUCCUUGUUAAGGCCACAGGUGGUGGGGCAUACAAAUUUGCUGAUCUCAUCAAAGAAAAGCUUGGUAUUAUUGUUGAGAAGGAAGAUGAAAUGGAUUGUCUUGUAGCUGGAGCAAAUUUUCUGCUUAAGGCAGUACACCAAGAAGCUUUUACAUACAUGGAUGGUCAGAAGGAAUUUGUGCAUAUUGACAUCAAUGAUUUGUACCCUUAUCUUCUUGUCAAUAUUGGCUCCGGUGUUAGCAUGAUCAAGGUGGAUGGUGAUGGCAAGUUUGAGCGAAUUAGUGGAACAAGUGUUGGUGGUGGUACCUUUUGGGGUUUAGGAAGGCUGUUAACAAAAUGCAAGAGUUUUGAUGAGUUGCUGGAGUUAAGUCGUGAGGGAAACAACAGAGUUAUAGACAUGCUUGUCGGGGAUAUAUAUGGUGGAGUAGAUUAUUCAAAGAUUGGUCUUUUAUCAACAGCCAUUGCUUCUAGCUUUGGUAAGGCAAUUUCUGAUAAUAAAGAGCUGGAAGAUUACAAACCUGAAGAUGUAGCACGGUCACUUUUGAGAUUGAUUUCAAAUAAUAUUGGGCAGAUUGCUUACUUGAAUGCUCUACAAUUUGGGCUCAAGCGGAUAUUUUUUGCUGGAUUUUUUAUUCGGGGUCAUGCAUAUACCAUGGACACAAUUUCUGUCGGUGUUCAUUUCUGGUCUAAAGGUGAGGCAAAAGCAAUGUUCUUGCGGCAUGAGGGUUUUCUCGGAUCAUUGGGUGCAUUCAUGAGCUAUGAUAAGCACGGUCUUGAUGACUUAUCAACCCAUCAGUUAGUGCAAAGAUUUCCAGUCAGCGGAACCAACGCAGGAGAAAAGAUUUGUUGCCCUCUAGUUGGGGAUUUGAACGACAAUGAUAGUAUAGAAUGUGGUGUCUACGCAGCGUAGCAACUGAAGCUUUUCCCUUUCGGACUUGCAUAGGAUGUGGCAUACCAAACCUGGCAAUUCUUUCAUGGUAGCCUGCGUGCUAACCAUGCAACUUAAAAAGUCAAGAGAUGUAAAAUGUAACAUAGUUGAAUAUCUACAGGACCAAUAAAUUAAGUGCUUAACAAGGCGCAUUUCAAGUAAAAAAAUGUUGGUCAUACAAACAACGUCGUGUAAGUUGUAACAUUACCGUUUAGGUCUUUAAAGUUUUUUAACAUGUCAUACUUUUGUAACUGAUCGAUUAAUAAAACCAAUCUAUUAUGAUGAGAGCGAAUGUGUUAAA